UUUGCUUUUUUUAGUUUUUUUAUACAACCAUUUUUCACCGAGUUACAGCAUGUUGAAAAUCACCUAAAAAUUUCGGAUUUUUUUUCUAUCCCUUAAUUUCUGUGACCAGUGUAUAUAAAAUGUGUAUAAAAAAUAUAUUUUAAAUAGCUCACUUUUGGCCGAUUUUCGUAUAUAUUUUAUAUAUUUUAAAUGUAAUUUAAAUAUAUUAAAAAUAUAUCUUAGAGUACCUAAAAAAUAUAAUUAUGGAAAUAUAAAAAAUAAAUUUUUUUUAUGUUUUUAUAAAUGUAUUUUUUAUAUGAUUGAAUGCGUGUGUGUGUGUGUCUAAAAUAAGAUAAUUUCAUGGGAAUUAAAAAUUCUAAAGAUCUACACAGAAAAAAAGAAUUUCUUGGCGCAAGAAAUAUUUUGUAUUAUGAAUUGAAGACAAAAAUUUUUCUUGGCUCAAGAAUUUUUUUCUCGCCUAAAAAAUUUUUUUCUUGUUCCAAGAAAAUUUUAUCUUACCCCAAGAAAAGUUUUGUUUUCACUUUAUAAUACAAAAAAUUUCUUGGGUCAAGUAAAAAUUUUCUUAGAACAAGAAAAAAUUUUUUGCGCCAAGAAAUCCUUUUUUUCUGUGUAAGGGAUCUGGCAAGUUACCAAAUUUAUUUUAAAAAUUUUAAUUAAGAUCUAGGGGAUCAGGCCGGUCGCUAAUUUUUGUAUUAUAUUAGGUACUUUGUAUUUGUUUUAUUUUGCUUUUUUUUUUUUUUGUAAAAAAUAAUUUGUUUUACUUAUAAAAAAUUUUAAACGUGUACUCAGCACGAUUUUAUACAGAGAAUCUGUUUUUGGUAGUAUACUAUUUUUCCGUUAGAGUAGAAAAUUAAAAUUUCGGUGCAAGUAUACUCUAAAUUAAAAUAAAAUAUUACAUGAUUUAUAAUUUUUUGUUAUUUUACUGCCAACACUAUUGUCAAGUUUUAAUAAUAAAUAAAUUAUUAUUAGUUUAUAUCUGAAGAGCAACAGGUCAAGGCUAAUAAACAUAUCAACGUCAAAUUAUCGGACUGAACGCAUUUAGACGUCACCCCCAUGUCGAGACUAAAAAUCAAUUGAGGAUCGGAUUCUGAGCUGCUAUGAAAGUAGCUGGAGUUUCUGUAGAUUGAAAGGGGUAUCAGUACGGAUACCGGUAAAGUACACGAGCUCACUAGCAGGCUAAAUUAAAGGAGAACGAAUAAAUGCUUUGGCAUGACGGUAACCUUGACCUACGAGAUAGUUUUUGCGCCGGCGUCGAGUCCUCGAGUUACCACUCUCUUGCACCCACUUUCACCAACCCCUCUUUCCCAGACUGACGAUUGCUUGAGCUUUCUCCAUACGACUGUCGACAACGCUGUCGCGUUUCGAAACAACCCGAUACCUAUUUAAAAGCUUUCUGCCCUCCCCCCCCCUCCAAGCUGAGCUACCUAUAGUAAUAAGGGUAGCCUCACGUUUAUAGAGUAAGGUUAGGUCCCCUGGAUAUGUACCCAACGCAACGAAUCCGUUUUCUUUGCUGACACUCAGUUAGCCGCGAGUUCUCGCGUUGUAAGAUUCAUCUGCUCGCGAUUAUGUUAUAUACUUAAGUAAAUAAAUACUUUAUCAAUUUGUUUUAAUACAGUGAUUGAUAUUAUUGAACAAUUUAAAUAAAAGUUUAAAAUAAUAAUAAUAAUAAUAAUAAUAAAUUCCGGGCUAUUUGUCUUGAUGGGAAAGGUUCAGCUUUUCCCUGCCAUGAAUCUCAUAUUGGAGAUAUGCAGAAGCCUUUGAGAGAGCUGAGCAGAUUAUGCUUGGGUACGAGCAAUCAAAGUAAUGCAGUAGUAGUUACAGCAGAUAUAGUUUCUUCUGAACCUCCCAGUGGCUUACCAUUACUUCAAAUAUGGCCCAGCGAAUCUCCAAGAGGCGAGGCCGAUGGUCAGGCUUUUAUUUUUCCAGAUGCCCAAGACAGUAUCAACGACAGUGGUAUCGAAUCUAUUCAGGCUUCCCCAUCUCCAUGUGGCGUGGCAUGCAGCAGCGUGACAGCAAGUCCUUUACAAUCACGUCGACCAAGCCUUCUACAUCCAGAUCAUGCACGUCUUCAUUUACACCAUUUGCGACACAACCAUCAUGGAUCAGAUCGAACCCCACUAUCCCCAGAUCGGACUUCUAUAGACGAGGAACAACCUCCUGCACCUCCGAGUCCGUCCAGUUCAACCACAAGCAGCCUUAAGUCUAUGCCCAGUUCAACAAUGGCUUCCAUACAUUCUUCACAUGAUAGAAGACGUAGUAGUAGAUACAGUGUUUUCGAUGCUUUGGACUUGGAGUAUGCACUUUUACGAGCUGCAGCAAGAGGUUCAGUUGGUCCAUAUUCAUUCUCAGAAUCUCUUCACAAAUUGACCUUCACCCAGAGUCUAGCUUUUCCAGCGCUGGCGCGAGGGCUCGCAUCGAAACAAAAUGUACCAACGAGACAACCCCAACAGCAUUCGGAAAGUGGUUUAAAUGUCUUUGCUAAAGUCGUUACUGCUUUAGUGUUAAUGCUUGUGAGCGUUCUUGUGUUCGGGAUAGUUUAUAAAUUUGUAAGAACGUGAGGAUGGUUGCUGGUACCUGGUAGAAAUUACAACUCUUCUGAAGAGCUUCGUGGUGUUAGUGAUAUCGAUAGAACGGGUACCAGCGAUCAUUUUGUUAUAAAUAAUUGAAAAAUGUGAAAAAAUAAUCAAGGUCUUACUUAAUUAUUUCAAGGAUAUUAUUAUUGUUAUCAUUUUUAAUUCAAAGUGAAAUCAUCGAUUUCGAAUGAUUAUAAAAAUAUAUAUAUAUUUAUAUACAUGCUCUUUAAAUAUGCUUGCGUAUGAAUGCAUGUUAUUCGAAUAAAAUUCGUUGACAUAUUUAUUUUUGAGAAUUUGGAUAGGAAUAAAUUCAGUAAAUUUUAAACUCUAUUAGAAUUUAUGAAAUGCUGUGUUACUAAAACGUCGAGGAAAUGAGGUUGUAAAAGCUGCACUUACGUACACUUGAGAGAAUAUUCCCGUUCGUACUGAAAAAUAAAGAGAAUGAAUUUCCGAUAAUAUGAAUUUUAAAAUGGGAUGAAGAUUAAGUUUACUUUUUGUAAAAUAAAAAAAAAGAAAAUGUAUCUAAUACAUAAUAUAAAAAAAAAAAUUAAACAUGACUUAUUGUGAUAGGUAACUAUGAAUACUCAUUUGUUUAUCUCUAAACUUUUAAAUAAUUAAAUCUUAAAGCUCCAAAACUAUUUCGCGAUGAAAAAAGAUUUUAUACAAUUGUAUAAAAUUAUAUAUAAAUUGGAUAGAAAAAUGGCC